UUGCAGUGACUGACUAAAGCACUGGCCUACACUAAGGCAAUGACAAAGAUUAGCCUGCCACAGACUACGGGGCAAUACUCGUUUUCCCUGUCUGAUUUGGUGAAGCUGGACCACGAACGGGGGAGAACAUUUAGCGGCAACUAGAUUAAAAUACUUAGCGAAUGUUGAUUUAAGGAAUUUAAGCCCUGACCCUUUUUCGUCAGGGACGAGCGCCGUUACGUCGGAGGAGCAGCACGAGCCGGUAUCGCAGCGAGUUUAUUAGACAGCAGCCCCAAAAUAUUAAUCUGCUCGAUAUAGAUAAUAAUAACGCGAGAGUUUGCAAGUUGCUUCAAGACUGUAGUUGCAACUGUCAAAGGUGGAGUGGAUACGCGCAUGACCCAACACACAUUACUGUAAUACUGUACACGGCCGCCGAGAUAAUAUCCGUAUAAAAAAACGAAAUAAUCCCGAGGUAAGGAACCGAGGAGUGUACCAAACCCGACCGAGAUUUGGCGUUUCUGCUGAUUUUCCUUCGCUCCGUUUUCUUUUACUCUACCCAACUGUCUCGCAGCCGUCGAAAUUACUGCACUAAACAUAUUUUUGUGCCUCCCUUUAGCUCCAGCCAGCGCAAGGAUUUUUUUUUACUCCUCCUUCGUAAUAAAGUCGCCAUUUUGCUUCACUGCCUAUAUAAACCAUCCCGUAUUCUAAUAUUUUUCCUCAAGGAGUCGGGGACCUACCUAUCUUUUCCUGGCUAUUUUUAAUAUUUAUGGAGUGUUUAACGAGAAGACAAGAGGUUGAAGAAGUGCCUCGUGGUAUACAUAUUAAUGCAGGAAAGGAAGGGGGCAAGGCUAUUGGAAACUGGGAAUAAGGUGAAAGUAUCCAGGAUUUCUUUUCACGUUCAGACGAAAUUGUAAUUUCUCUUCUCCUGCCUUGCUCUUUUUUUUCCUUCUUCUUCUUCCACCACGUCGUCGUCUGCAGAGUGGGGGCACAGGACGACGGUGACGACUGUCCGCUUCCUUUCAGGCCCCCCAACCCCAGCCUGACCGGUCCUUGACGCACAGCAGGUGUGAUUGCCAUGUAACAUAACAUUGGAGGAAAAACGCCCACUUUGGUGCCUGUCUCCUGACCCCCUCCUCCCUCACGUGGGUGACCCGGGGCCACCCGGCCCCUAGCGCUGGGUGACUGCCCGACAGUUCAGGCAUGGAGAGCCCAAGUGGCCCCAGGCUUGGGAAGCUGUCCUCAUCAGGGCUGCCAAGGGGCCGGACCCCUAAGCAUGGACAUCCCCAGGAACCUGUCAGAUCCGCGCCAGGCCCUGAAAACAACAACAAACAUAGUCCGGUGUGUGAUGAGCCAGCAGAGGGGAAGAGGAAAGGUCGUCCUAAAGCAGAAGUGCAGGAACUGAGAAGCAUCCCUGCCCAUAUGAUAGUACAAUGGAAGGAAGAGUUUAAGCGCCGCUCCAGGGUUAAGUGUCCGUGUUCAGGCUGCUGGUUAGAGUUUCCCAGCAUCUAUGGCGUCAAGUACCACUAUCAACGCUGCCAGGGGGCCACCGUAGCUGAGAAGCUGAGUCACGCCUGUCCCUACUGUGAGGCAGUGUUUGCAACAAAGGUGCGCCUGCAGAAGCACAAGCUGUGGAACCAUCCAGACAGGGUUAGUAUGGAGCCCAAGGACGAGCAGCCUAAGCUUCAAAAGACCCCUGUCAAGUCCAACACCAAGAAAAGGCCCAUGGAGAACAGUCCCCCCUCUCCAGUGUUCUUCAAAGUGAAAAAGACCCACGAGGUGUCCACGCCGUCUCAGAACGGGGAGCUGGCCCACCAGAGGAGCGAGAAGAAACAGCACAGCCACAGUCAGCCUUCGCAGCAGAUUCACCAGUCCCAGCCAGUCCAGCCUCAGUCCCAGCAGUCACAGUCUCAAAGCACGUCGUCCGACGCGGGGGGCAGUGAAAGUGAGGGGGGAAGCCUUCCCCCUUCUUUCCCUGAUGAAGACCCAGAGCGAAUGAGGCACAGACGGAAGCAGAAAACACCUAAGAAAUUCACUGGAGAGCAGCCUUCUAUAUCUGGAACAUUUGGAUUGAAAGGAAUGACUAAGGUAGAGGAGAAGCUGAAGGCGGGCCGUGCAAAGAGAUCAGAGGGGAGUGGGUUCAGUGAGGAGCCCCAGAGAAGACCUCCAAGUCAGUCUUCUAAGAAAGACCCAGCCACAACAAGCUCUGGUGCUGUUCCUGAUACCCAAUGGCAGCGAGCGAUCUCAGAGCGAGGCGAAGUGGUGUGUCCCACCUGCUCCAUUGUCACCAGGAAAACAAUCCACGGCCUCAAGAAACACAUGGAGAUUUGCCAGAAGCUGCAGGAUGCCCUGAAGUGCCAGCAGUGCCACAAACAGUUCAGGUCAAAGGCCGGCCUCAACUACCACACCAUGGCUGAGCACACCACCAAGUCAGGAGGGAGGGUGAGGUGUUGUGGUGGGACACGCUUAUGCGACGUUGUGUUUGAUCCCCCUCAGCCCUCGGGGAGCGAAGGCCAGACGGGCGACAAGCACAAGGAGAGAGAAAGGCUGCGCAGAGUGCUCAAACAGAUGGGACGAAUCAAAUGUCCUAGUGAGGGCUGUUCAGCCCACUUUUCCAGUCUGAUGGGCUACCAGUACCACCAGAAACGUUGUGGCAGCGAGUUCUCUGACGAUGAGAAGCCUGUGUUUCUGUGUCAGCACUGUGGAAAAACCUACCGCUCCAAGGCUGGCAGAGACUACCAUGUGCGUACCGAACACUCCCCGACUAUCACCACCACCACCACCUCCAACAACAACAAGGACAAUAUCACUGACACAAACAACAACACCGGCAAAGAGAGGGUGGUCUCAGAAGAGUCUCAAUCAGUUGGCAGGAAGGAGCCAAGCCAGCCUGAGAAGAAGGAUCGGCAGGAGAAAUCCCCGUCCGGCCAGCCUAAGGAGAUGGAGAGAGAAACCAGGGACAAAGACAGGGAAAAGGAAAAGGACAGGGAGCGAGACAAAGAAAAAGCAGCACAGAAUGUGAGCCAGGGGGAUGACUUUGAACGAACCCCCAGUGGCAGAGUGAGGCGCCGGUCAGCUCAGGUGGCAGUGUUCCACCUGCAGGAGAUAGCAGAAGAUGAGCUGGCCAAAGACUGGGGCACCAAGCGCCGCAUCAAGGAUGACCUAGUGCCUGACAGCAAGAGGCUAAACUACACCCGUCCUGGCCUCCCCAACUUCAGCCCAGAGCUACUAGAGACCUGGAAGAACCAAGUCAAGGAGAAGGGCUUCAUCUGCUGCACCAAUGAAAACUGUGAAGCUGUCUAUUCCAGUGUGUCAGGACUAAAAGCCCACCUGGCCAACUGCAGCCAGGGUGGUGGAGAACUGGGGAAGUACACUUGUUUGAUCUGUCAGAAGGAGUUUAGCUCAGAGAGCGGUGUCAAGUACCACAUCAGUAAGACACACUCACAGAAUUGGUUUCGUGCAGCAGCCAGUCACGUGGUCUCCAGUAGCAAGGGUAACUUGCCUGAGAACAAUGGGAUCAAAGCUGAAGUGAGGAACGGUGCCACCACUGGUAAGAAGAGGGGCCGCAAGCCCAAAGAGCGUCCCUCUGUGGUUGCACCACUCCAAACAAAAACUGAAGCACCUACCACUACUCAAAACUCAACCCUUGUCGUGAACCCUUCCUCGGGCCCAACACAGUCCCCCACCCUGAUCCCCGACCCAACGGACAGUGCUAAUUCAGGCCAGACCACACAACCCAUCCACUCCGCCGCCAAACGAAGCAAACCCAAGAGGCUGUCGUUGUCAGAGUAGCUCUGCUUUUGUCGAUCCAGGAGCCAAGGAGGAUGCUCGCUGUAAAUGUUAUGCCAGAAAGCUAAUAGACCUUUCUAACGCCACAAGGACUUGGCACUGAGAAGAAAGUUGAAUCAAUCAACCAACAUUUAGUACUGACUUCACUAACUUGGUUUUGAAACCCCAGAGUUAAUGCUUCUAUUGUUAUAAACAAUACUCCUGUAACAGUAGUGUUUAAUUUCUCCAUUCCACAUUUUUUUUCACCUUUUUAAAGCACACAUUUCAGUUUCUGUACUCACAGCAAGGGUGGCAGUAGUAAUCAAAGAUACAAUCCUGACUUCUACAUGGUUAGUAUUUUCUAAACAGAGGUAGUAUUCUAAACAAACGCAGAGUAACUCCCUCUACAAGAUUCAUGUUGUGUUUGAGAGGUUUUAAAAAGGAUAUUCUAUUAGCAUGGUGAAGUCAUUUAAUGAUAGCUAGUGUUUUCACAUUUUUUCACAGAUAUACUGUACUGUGUACAUAAACAAUAUCUAUAUCUAUAUAUCUAUAUACUCAAAGCAAUGAUGCCAUCUGUCAUUUUCAAGCCUGACACGUCCAAAUGAUCAUGAGCAAUCAGAAUUUUUGCAGUGUGUGCUGUAGUGCAAUGUUGUUUUGAACUUUUUUUCCUUUUUGGUUUUCCUUUUAUUGUCUUUAAUUUUUUAUUUUUCAAGUAAGCAAAUGUCAUAUAAGCUAAAAUGCUGGUUAGUUGUUAAUCAUAUUCCACUCUGUUUUCCUACAUCUAUGUCGCUAUCACUUCAGUGACAUUUAUUUUAAUUUUAUCACGUCCUUUGACAACCAUGAUUAAGUUUCAAACUGUUAUUUCCACAGUUCUUUUACACUGAAGUUAAUAAGCAGGCUACCCCAAAAAAUGAUUGUUUGAUAUUUCCACCUGCAAGGUAUAAGUUAGUUACAAUAAUACUUAAUAUGACAUUGUUUAAUUGAUUUUAAACAAAAAAAACUUGAAGCAUUCUGUCUAAAAUAGGAUGUAUAAAGCUAAAUGUUGGACAGAAGGAUCAAUUUUGUGUGAAGCUUGUUGCACACUUGCAGCACAAUCAAAUGAUGUGAUACCAUUUUAACGGAGGUCAUAUUAUGGCCAAGACUUUAGCUUGAAUCAAAGAGCUGAGGAGAGAAUUAAAAAUGCUAUCUUUUAUAGAGAGGUUGAGGAAAGUAAUCUUUUAUUAAACAGAAACAUUUCAAAUAAAGAUUCACGUAUAAUGAUGAUAGAUGAAUUAAUUCCUGGAUGCUUAUUGCCUUGCACUUUAACCCUUUACCCGUCUCGCUGCCCUCUUGUAUUUUUGCACUCCAGGAGUAUUCAACCUAACCCAGUGGCUGCCAAGCAACAGGAGCGGGAAUAUUUUACUCUGAUUAAAAAAUAAAUAAACUAGAGAAAAACUAAAUUUGUCUAUACAUGGGUAAUGAGCAGCAUGGUUAACUCUUUCUAGAUAGUAUCUGUAAGCCAACAUGACCGUAUAAUUAUGACUCACCACAUAAAGCCAUAACUGGUCUUGUUGAAUUUUAAGGCUGCUCUAAUGUUACUUUAGCUUCAGAUAAAUAAAAAAAAUUAUAAUCCAUUUUUAUUAAAUAACUUUUCAAAUCUAAAAUGUGUGCAAUCAGAGAAUAUUUUCACUUUAACAGGUUUAAAGUAGAUACUUGAAUCCACAGCUAUAUUAACGAUUUGAGGAAAUGAAAACUAAAUAAAACUAAAAAUAUUUGAUUUAUAUUUGCGGCGUAUGUCCAUAAAAAUAAUGACGUGCUUGCUUAAAAAAAAAAAGACAGAUCAUAAAUCUAUUUUAUAUUCUCUUGUGUGUGUUACCUAGAUAGCAAUUUGAUAGCUUUGGAUAAAGUUGUGAUGUGAGGAUAUUCUGGUGAGAUAAUAAGGGUGCUUUAUUUGCCACUCUACCUUAAGGACCUGAUACAACUCAGUAAGUCCACUAAUCCAUCCUCCCAUUUUCUCCUUACUGGCAAGUCCUCUUAAUUUUGCACCAACAAAUGUCAAUGUCAUCAUUUAAAUCAAGCACUGAUGUCAGCAGAACAUUUUCAAGGAACAGUGAAUUUGAAAUGUAUAUGUCCCAGGUGGUGUCAUCCCUACGCUGUGACCUUUUAUAUUGUAAAGCAAAGAUUUGAGCUGAAUUCCUCCAUUAUUAAUCAACUGAUGGAGUUCAUUCAGGUGGGGAUGAUUAUGCAUGUGUCUGUCUCUGUUAGUGGGAUGGACCUUUAUCUUGUAACCAGGUUCAGCUGACGGGGAGGAUAAAUUAGACAAGCACUGAUUGGUCCUCGGACCAUUUCGAUAUGAGUUGUCCAGACCUUGUGUGUGUGUGUGUGUGCGUGUGUGUGUCUGUGUGUGUCUGUGUAUGUGUGUGUGUGUGUGUAUAAAACAGUUAGCACCUUUGUAAUGACUGGAUGUCAGGAAUGGUGUUAUGCUGUGGCACAGAAUCAGUUCAUCAGCUGCUUGUUACUCGUUUCAUUAAUAACGUCACAUUGACUGUGUUUACCUGACAAGCUUUGGUGUUGCAAUAUGAUAGUUAGGCACUGCUUUUAACAGUGAGUAUUUUAUAUUUUAUCACACCCUUUACUAUCUGUCUUCCUAUGAUGUGGAAAACACAUAUCUAUCCCGCAGUGUGAGCUAACUGCAACAUGUUUAGAGAGUACAGCAAUACACCAUAUUUAGCUGGUUUUGUUGGCUUGCUGAUAUUUUGAUAUUGAUGUGUCUUCUCAAAAUUGAAUGGCUUUUUUCACUCCCCUACUUUUAUUUGUUUGCUUUAAAAAUGCUUUUUACAUAUUAUGAAAUCUAAAAAAAAAAGGUUGAAAACAUUUGUAGACCACAAAGAACAUUGUAGGCCUAUGUGUCGGCAUACACUGUUAUUUUAUCCAUUUUGAUGAUGCACAUAAAUUGAGCUUUUUCAGUACACAAUGACAAACACAUUGAGAGAGUCCUUUAUUAUUACCUAUUCAAUAUGGGACAACAAGGCAUAUGUAUGUGUGUUUGUUUCUGUAUUUAGUGCACUUACUAUAUCAUGAAAUAGGCUUGAAAUAGGAGUGUUGUUGGAGCUUUCUAGUUACCCUGACUGUGUGUGGUGUGACUUUUGUACCUGGGGAAACAGAAGGCUCAAGUGUCUUCCCUUUGUCAGCAAUGUUAUUUCCAAAACCAAGGUUAAUCCCUAGAAAUCUCCUUAGACAGUUGAGAAUUUUACCCUUUUUAUUUGGACAACAGUGGUUAGUGUUGUAUGCUACCUACUUCAAAAGCAGGACAUGGCAUCUGCCUGUGUUGUCGGGGGCCAUUGUGAUGAGUUUUAAGAGAUGAUGUUGUAGCUCAUAACUGGUCAUGAUAUCUAGGUAACAGGUGAAAUGAGACUAAUGAUGUAUUAAAAAUUUCCAUAUCUGAAAUUAAGCUGUAUAGAACCUAACAUAGGAGGCAUCGACACCUCCUUUGAGUCUGAACUGUUACAAUUUUCCCCAAACUUGUUGUAUUACCUGUGCAUUAGUAUCCCUCAACUAAUUAAUAAAAGUUUGUUGACUAAA